AUGAGAAACAAGGAAGCUGGAGGGCUUGGAGUGCGAAAUUUGAAGCUUCACAACAAAAGUCUAUCGUGCAAAUGGUUAUGGAGAUUUAAUGAAGAAGGUGAGGAAUCAUGGAAAAAGAUGAUUACCAUUAAAUAUGGUAAAAAAGACUUUUGGGAUCCUAGUCCGGUGGUUACAUAUACAGGUGCCAGUCUGUGGAAGUAUAUAAGUAGUUUAUGGCCUUUACUACAAGGAAACAUAAUGGUGAAGAUUGAAAAGGGGAACAAAGCUAGAAUGCACUCAGGAACAGGAUGGCAACCAAUUUUCAGAAGACACUUCAAUGAUUGGGAAGUGGAAGAUAUCUGUCAACUACUCAAAAUUUUAGAGCCUAUAGCCUUGGAUGAUAGUAGAGAGGAUGCCCAGAUUUGGAUGGCCAGUAGAGAUAAGAAGUACUCCGUUAAAAGCUGCUAUAAUCUUCUUCAAAAACAAACUGGGCAGCGGGAGGAAUCAUGGCCAUGGAAGAUGCUUUGGAAGACCAAAGCACCAACAAAAGUUGCUGGAUUAGGAUGGACUGUAGCCUGGAAUAGAUGUCUUACCCAAGAUAUGCUACAAAGAAGAGGUUUUGCUUUAUGCAGUAGAUGUUUUUUCUGUGAAGAAAGCCUGGAGUCUGUAAAUCAUUUGUUUCUUCAUUGCCGGCANAGGAUGGACUGUAGCCUGGAAUAG